CUUCGGGUUUGCCAAAUCAGUCGCAGUGUGUGGAGUGCGGGAAAAGGAACUGUGUGUGACUCGCUGCGCGUGCCAAAACGCAACUCACCUCAAGCAAAAGAAGAAGCAGAAGCAAGAAAAAAAGGAUUGUGGAAGAAAAGGGAGCCAGAUAGAAAAACCGUUUUCCAAGACGACGAAUUUGUAAAUCGGGAAAAAAGAAGUAUAAUUCGUUAAUAGUGCUGAAAUUCACAUGCAACGGUAGUUGAAGAGAAGCAAUAAUUAUUAGUUAAAAGAAAAGUGAAUUCUGUUGUAAAUUUCGGUUCUGCUGCCUCGAUUGGGAAACGUCUCUCCCUCUCACUCUCUCUCUUUUCGGUGGAUUCCUUCGCGGGGAGGAAAAAUCGCUUAUCGUUCUCUUUUCUUCGUUUUGUUCGGAUUUUUUAAGUUUUUAAGUUACUUUUAUUCGCGGCCAAGGAAGGGUUUUGUUUUUAAGAGUAGAUUUUAGCCGGCUGUUAAGGGUUUCAUUUCCGGUGGUUCGGAAAAGUUGAGAAAUUUGUGCAAAAUAGCGCUCAGGUUAAGAAAAAAAAUCGCGAGUGUAAUCGCCAAAUCGAUGAGUUUUUUUUCGUCGUCGUCGUCAAAAUCGCGUUCGCAAGUGCGAAAGUGUUUGUGCAUAAGAUAAUUAUUGGCCAUGUAGUAUACAAUAUUUGCCUAUUAUUGCCCAUCACAGAGCAAAACCACCACCACCAGCACCAUUACCAUCACCGGAGCGAGAAAUAAAAGAAAAAAAGAGUGUGUGCAAAGGCACUCUGCGAGAGCAAAAUAUAAAAAUAUUUCAUUGAAUUUUUACGUGGCAAAAAAGGCGACCGACUGUCCGUCCGACCGUCCGUCGAGAACCAGCACCAACACCACCGUCGUCUGUCUGUAACAGUAGCAGCAGCGCCAUCUAACCGAUUGCCAUUUGGUCGGAAAACACGUCCUCAUCGAAAGGGAAGUCCUCUGUUCCUUCGUUGAACAUCGAGGAACCUCAACCUCCCCCCUCAACAUACAAAAAAGAUCAUCCCAAUCAUAGCAAGCCAUACUACGUUUCACACCCUCGCCUACUAGGAUUCGAUCUGUCUGUCCAUCUCUCUGAUUUGAACAACGAAGACCAAGACGAAGCAGGCGACGUCGACGACGACGACGACGAGUGUGUUGUUGAGUUUGUUGUUGUUGCUGUUGUCUGCCGCCGCCGAAGCAACUAGUUAGUAGCUCUAGCUAGUAGCUUAAGAAGCAGCUCAAGAUGGCCGCCCUGUGCGCCGGGAGCUACGGAUUGUCCCAGCAGCAUCAGCCGCAGCAUGCCAACGACCACAGCAACAAGGAACUGAUCUUCGUCAAGCUGACCGACUCGGCCCUCAAGGCGAUCGAGGAGUUCCAGCGGAAUCAGCUCAAAUUCGGCACCGCACUCAAUCCCUCCAUCCAGUUCGCCAACGGGCAGGGCUACCUGUCGUUUCCCUCCGGCAACGGUAACAAUGUCCAAAAGUUCAGCUUCUCGAUCUCGGACAUCGAGGGCGGCGGCUCGAUGGAGUGCAUCCAGCAGAACCAGGGCCAACAGCUGCAGAACAUGGGCCACAUCCAGCACAAGAUGCGGAUACACGCCAACGACGACGUGUACGAGAAGACGCGGGAGCGGAUGGCUGCCGUCGAGGAGAACCAGAAGAACAAAUGUACAAGAGAAAUCAAGCCGAACCAAACCGACAUAGGGCGGAAGGUGAAGUUAAAAAACCCAACCACUCGUAUCAGCAACAUUCCUAGCAGUAACUCGCUCCUAAGUAAACGUGAUUCGCUGCACAGUUCCAGCAACAACUACAGCAGCAGCACCACCAACAACAACAACAACAGCAACCAUAACAACAACAUAAACCACCACAACGGCAGCAGCAAUGCCAUCGCCGCCGCCGCCAACAACCAUAGUAGUAGUCUAAUGAAUCCCGCGCUCGCGAACAACCACCAGCACCACAACGGUAAUCUGCUAUCGUCGUCCGCGGCGACGGCGAACAGCACCAACAGCUACAGCAACCACCUUUCGACAUCACCAAAACUCCCGAAAAGCAAUGGCUUUGUGCAGCAGCAGCACAACAAUCACCACUACAGCAAUGGCAGUAGUAACAAUGGUAACCUACCCACGGCGGCGGCGCAACUCAAGCCCGGCUACCAGCACACGGUGCACGAUCCUCCGCAGCAGCAGCAGUCCCAGCAAAAGUCUGAAAGCAACGGUGUCGUGUCCAGUCGGACGGCCAACGGGCGGACGUCCCACAAGGGCAGCAGUGGCAAUCCGGACAUCAUGAAGCGGAAUAUCAGGGAAAGGUUGAUCCACAUGCUAGCACUAAGGCCAUACAAAAGACCAGAAAUCAUCCUCAAAUUGCAACAAGACGGUGUUCGUAAGGAGGAGCGUAAAUGCAUAUCUCAGAUACUGACAAACAUAUCCAGUAUGCGGGAUAAUGUCUACUCAUUGCAUCGGCACGUCUGGAACGAUGUGCAGGAGGACUGGCCGUUCUAUACCGAACAGGAGCGGCAGAUACUCAAAAGGCGGAAACCUCAAAAUCUAACACCUCCAGGGUCGGACGGUGGUUCGUCGACGUCGGGACAGAGUCCGUCCAGUGCGCACAACGGCAGCAGUCCACCGUCCGGCGGGAAAAGGCCUUCAAUUGCCAGCAACGACGACCUCGGUAGCAUGCCAACGUCCAAGAAGCCUCGGAUUAGUCACUACAAGAAGGACAUCCUGCCAGACACGAACCGGCGGGGUGUAACUGAUUCUAGGGACUCCAGUAAUAUGAAUCCUCGCUCAAGGCCGUACGAUGAUAGUAUGCGUUCCUCCAAAUAUUACAACAGCUACAGCAAUCAUCAGAACAACCACAACAACCACCACCACCACAACAACCACAGCAACAACCAUCACGGAUCAAGCGUGACACCGAACGCGCAGGAAUCGGAGGACAGUGGCGUCAGUUUGAGCUACUCGCUCGUGUCCAACGAUGUGGCCCGGCGGAUUCAGGCACCCUCGAGUGACAAGGAAUCCCGCAGCGAACGGGAUCGGGAACGGGAGCGGGACCGGGACCGGGACCGGGUGGAAGAUGUGAUAUCGGAACGGGACAACUACGACGACCAGAUCAAUGCGUACCGGGCCAACACGAACAAGGUUAAGUCGCUGAAGGAUGACUUUAGUGACCAAUUUACUAGGAUAACCUCGGUGGAACAACGGCGUAAAUAUAAGACUGAAUUUGACAACGAUUUUCAAGAGUACCGGCGGCUGCACGAAAUCGUUGAACGAGUAUCGAGAAAGUUUGCUCAGCUGGAGGAGAACUUGCAACACGAGCGGCAUAACGAGAGGCGGUAUAAGGAGAUUCAGCGGCAAAUCAUCAAGGAGUACGAUGAGAGUAUAAAGGAUAACAAAUUUCAGGAGACUAAGCAGAGGUUCAACUACCUUCACAACAAGCUAUCUCAUAUCAAGCAUCUCGUGCACGAUUACGACGUAGCCAUCACCAACGGACAUUGUCGACCGCAGGAGAAUUACUGACGAUUAUUGAAGCCUGUAAAACAGCACUCGUCGCAAUUCGUAUGUUGACGACACUAAACCAUUACACAUACAAACACCCACGCAGACACACGCAUACAGCCUGAGAUAUAUAUAAAUGUAGGAGAACCUUAAGUGCGCAGAGAGGAAACCCAAUGCUCUUUCCUGCGUUUUCUCGCUCUCCGAACGUUAUACUACUAGAAUGGAAAAAAUAACCAAUAGCAGUAGCAGCGCAAGAGCAGCAGCCGCAGCAGCACGCAAGCCGCUGCAAGCAAUCCUUUGUUACCUUUUUUAAUUAAUGGAAAAUAAUUUGUUUAGAAGUUAGAACCAGCCAAGGAGAACCUAGCCGAAAAAAAAGUAUGUUGAACUAAUUUCACGCCCCGGGAGGCCCGUGAUCAGCCGGAAUCGUGCCACUUUCUCGUCCGCGGGAUCCGCCUCCCUCAAAAUGCCUGCGUGGCAGAAGCAGGCCCACGCCUCAUCUCAAUGUAAAGCCAACUUCUCGCGACGAUGGUGCUCUCGUUCGUUGUCACAUGAAUGCCUUGACCCGCCCCGCUCCCACAUUCGCCGCAGCCAACAACACUCCUCUUGGAACCGAGCCCCUUGGACCGUUGGAGUCGCAGCAGCCCCAUCAUCCGCCGCAGCACACAUCCCAGUAGCAUCUCGUAAUUACUAGUAGUAGUAGCAGAAGUAGGAGUAGUAGUACUAACAGCCCCGCAGCACGCGGAAGCAGCAGCAGUAGUAGUCAUCGUCGCCGUCGUACUCGCGGUUUCUCGCCAACUCAUCUCUCGAUCGAUACACAAGCACCUCCCUCACACCCACACAUACACGCAACAGUGUGUACACCGACACACAAUAGUCUAUUGCUCAAGGCAACUGCGGCGCAGUAGACGACAAAGCCAAUAAUCAAAAGUGGAACCACACAACCAGCACACUCACACCGACGAGAGAGAAAAAGAACCCACACUUAAAGGAAAAAAAACAUACGAAAAGAGAGUGAGAAACAUCAACACAAACAAACAAACAAAAAAAACACAUGAAUUGAUUUCUAAGGAUUUUUCGUUUAAACUAAUUUUAGGGAGUUUAUGAAACUUAACUAGUUAAUUGAGCGUUUAGCAACAGAAGCAUCAGCAGCAGAAGAGAGAAAAAGAUAGAAAAGCGAGAAAGAGAGAGAGAACAGGAGAAUGAGUAACAAGCUCGAAGUCACCACACAAGAGUAGUAGAUUUUUUGAAUUAAUUCCUUAGUUUCUCGUUUUUUUUUUUAAUUUUCUUUUGUUUCGUUUGAAACGAGAGCAAACGCCAAUGUUGUUCCCCUUUUUCCAAUCGGAAAAGAGAUCUAUGUAUAGGAAGAGUGAGAGAAGAGCAGAGAGGGAAUCGGUUGUUUUUUAGGGAAAGAAAGGGAUGGAGAAGAAGUUAGCAAGUGAAACCAAUUUCGUGAUAUUCUUUUUGUUUUCUUCCAACGCACUCACGCGCGUCGUGUGAUGAGAGCGAGCGCUCACCCAGAACUCAUCCAAUCGUCGUCGUACACGUGUAUGAGUGACGCCAAUGUAAAGCCAAUAAUACUAAAAACAAAUGCAGCAGUAGCAGGAGAGAAAUGGGAGCAAGUGAAACAGACAGGAGGGGAAGAGGAUUUAAGGAAAUUAUGGGUAUUUAAUUAAUUUAUUAGUUGUUUAAUUUAGGCAAUUUUGAAAAAUAUGUAAAUGAAACAGGAAGAAAAGAAAGGAAAUGAAGAAAAUGCGCGAGAGUGAGAAUCACUCUCGCGGAAACAGUCAACAGAUUCGUACACACUCACACAAUCAGACGCAUUUAAUCGCGUUAGAAUGUUAGCAAAAACUGGGAGAAAGAAGAGAGAAUAACCUGGGGAUCGUCAAAUGCGCCGGUGCAUUCGCGUAAAUGCGCCCGCACGCUGCGGAACUCGCAACCAACUGAAACCCCCCCCCUAGUGCCACAGAGAAUUAGCGAAAACGAAGGAAGUGAAGGACGAGAGAGAGAGAAUUUAUUGAAACAUAGCGAAACUAAUCAAAGGGUUCCGCAGACGCGUGUGCCAAGUGCGUGUUUUGGCGAUCCACCGGAAGCACAGUGAAUCAUCAAUGAAGAAGGAGUCAGAGAUGUUGUUGAUGAGGCAACAUACGCAAACACAAGUCAAGUCAGUGCGGACAGCGCAGGAGUAGGAGAGAAUUUCUUCAUUUCUGGUUUUGUUGUUCGGAGCGAAGGAAUGUUGCAAGUUAUAGGAUUACGCAGGGAGGGAGUGUAAAUAGCGGAAUAUUUGCCAGUGGAAGAAUGAGUUUCCCAAACGAAAGAAUUGGGGAAAAGCGCAACGGACAAACUGUGAACGAUACGGAAAACGGGAACGGCCGUUCUGUUUCUUUGUUUUCUACUAUUUUUUUUUUUUUUUGAUAAUUUGAAUGGUUUACGUUUAUGAAAUUAUUGUUUUUUGGUUUCCGUACUAAGGAAUGUGGUGAAAUGCGCCCGUAAAGCGAAGGAAAAACGAACGAUAUGGGGUUAGGUUGAUUUUAUGGUUAUUAUUUGAUUUUUCCGUUUCGAUUUGUGUCCUAAGUUCCUGUUUUAGGUUUCGAUUAUUUUUCUGCUCAGUUGUUACUUUGUUUUAGGAGUGAAGCAAAAUCAAAACCGUAAUCGAAGAAUACGUGAAGAAUUCUCUGAUUUUCAACGUUGAAAAGUAUCGGCUUACGUAGGCAAAUAAUUCCACAAGAAAUUAUAGUAUAAUUUGUAAAUAAUUCACUUUAAACGUGCGAAUUGAGCGUUUGGUUGCAGUUUGGUUUGGAAGAAGGAAAGUAAAAGUACUGCUAUAAAAACUUUAAAAAAAAGUUAAGGUUCAACUAUGGAUGAUUCUUGAUGAAUUUUAUAACUUUAUCAUAAAAUGUAUUGAACGUCACAUGGAUUUGAUGAACGUCACAUAAAUGUGAUGAACGUCAUAUCAAUGUGAUGAACGUCAUACUAAGUAAUGAAAUCAUUAUGCUGAAUUUGUGAAAAUUAUUGCAGUUCCUCUUGAAAUACUUGUAGGCAACAUAAGGUUAAACAUUUAUUGGUGUGUUCCUUAUGCAUGUACCUUAUGUGACGUUCAAUAAAAUGAACGUCACGCUAGAAUGAGUUGCUCAUCAGCACUCGAUUGCUAUCCAAUAACAAAAUUUGUUUGCUGUUUAUCGGUAAAACUUUCAGAGAGGAUUAUCUCUUUCAUGGUAGCUCCAGAGCUCCAAUGGUUUUCGACGAACUCGAGAUAAACCAAAUUAGAUGAAUAUGAAGUAAUUGUUACUAGAAUAUGAUUAUAUACUCAUCAGAUUAAUCCAAAAGUCAAAUAACUGUUUCAAUAUUAAAAAUAUUGAUAAACAUUCAAUUUACUAUUGAAUAACAACUAACAUUUUUUAACCCGAUUUCGAAAAAUGUAGACUAUUUGCAACUUUGUUUGAUCAAGCACUUUUUAUAAAAACGCUUUUUUCGUAAUCGACUAUUUCGAUCGAAGUCGUGGGAAAGAGAGGGUUAAAGUAAAGAAAAUUAUGAAAUGCAAACAGGCUGGGCUUACUCUACGAGUGAAGCGAAGUGAGAAAUCUCGGUCUAGUAUAGCAAGGCGAGAAUACUCGGCUCGAAUGAAGUGUCUCGUCCUGUAAAUCAAAUGGAGGCUCACCUUAUUCGAGUCGAGCAGGGAGAUCUCUCACCUCACUCGAAUCGUAGAGUAAAUACGAGCUUUUUCAAAGCAUUUAUUUUUAAUUGAUUCGAUGUUUUCUUGAGUCGAUGGUCCCUUCAGUAUCGACUUAAAAGGAGCUGACUGUAUUUUUUCAGAUUUUUUCCUGAAAAAUCGAUUAAGAUUUAUUAUGGAGGUGAAGAAAUUCGUUGCCAAAACGGCCGUUAUGGAAAGCAUAGAUAGCGCCACCGUAGCCUUGUGUGUUUGACAGAACAGCAAUGCUGUCACAAUGUUAAAUCCCAUAUACAGUGGCGCCUUUGUUUUGAUGCGGUGAUCCAUUGAAAUGCAUUUAGGAGAAUUUCUCCAAGAAGUAAUCCAAAAACGAGAGGCCAGAGCUUCCUUCUAAGAACGUUGCCGGAGUUUUCUCCUACAGGAUUUUAUCAUGUAUUUCACCAGGAGUUUCAUCAGUAAUUACUUCAGGCUAACCUUUAGAAAAACCUCCUUGACAAAAAAUCCUUAAAAUUCCUUAGGGAAAUUCCUAUUACUGGAUAAAUUUCUUUAAUAAUCCUUUAAUAAUGUGGGAAAUUUCUGAAGGAAUCGGUUAAGAAGUUCCUGAAGGAAUAUUAGGAAACAUGUAUAGAGUAUUUCUUGAGGGCAUUCUUCUAGAUCAGAUUGAAUUCUCAAAGAAACUAUGAACGAUAGUU